AUGGAGAGUGGAGCCGGCGCAGCCACCACCCCCAGGGCACUGCCUUACUACGUGGCCUUCUCCCAGCUGCUGGGUCUGACCUUGGUGGCCAUGACGGGUGCCUGGCUCGGCCUGUACCGAGGGGGCAUCGCCUGGGAGAGCACCUUGCAGUUCAAUGUGCACCCCCUCUGCAUGAUCAUCGGCCUGGUCUUCCUGCAAGCUGAUGCCCUGCUAGUGUACCGCGUCUUCAGGAAUGAGGCCAAACGCACAACCAAAGUGCUGCACGGGCUGCUCCACGUCCUGGCCUUUAUCAUCGCGCUGGUGGGCUUGGUGGCCGUGUUUGACUACCACCGGAAGAAGGACUAUGCUGACCUGUACAGCCUGCACAGCUGGUGUGGGAUCGUCGUCUUUGUCCUUUACUUUGUGCAGUGGCUCGUGGGCUUCAGCUUCUUCCUGUUCCCUGGAGUUUCCUUUACUCUGCGAAGCCGCUACCGCCCACAGCAUAUCUUCUUUGGUGCCACUAUCUUUCUCUUUUCCGUGAGCACGGCCCUGCUUGGCCUGAAGGAGGCGCUGCUGUUUAAACUUGGGACCAAGUACAGCACAUUCGAGCCGGAAGGUGUCCUGGCCAACGUGCUGGGCCUGCUGCUGGCCUGCUUUGGCAUGGUCGUGGUCUACAUCUUGACUCGCCCUGAGUGGAAGCGGCCACCCCAGGCUGAAGAACAAGCUCUCUCAAUGGACUUCAAGACGCUGACUGAGGGAGACAGUCCCAGCUCCCAGUGA